GCUCCGGGAAAAGCCCCUCCCGCAGCGGGGCGUUGCUUCCAGGCGGCGGGAGAAGCACCUUUUCCCCGCCAUGGCCGUUCUGCCGUUCCUGUUGCUGAUCCCGGCCCUGGGCGGCUUCUUGUUCACCUUCGGGACCGGCGUGGAGCUGAUCCGCUUUAUUUCCCUCCGCGCCCUCUUUCUGCAGCUGCCCGCGGGGGCGGCGUCCCCUCCCCACGGAACCGGCGCGAAUCGAGAUGUUACCUCUAAUCCUCAAUGGGAAACUGCCCUGAGGGAUCCCAAGAUUCUGCACCCCCUAACAGUGGAUAUGGGCCUGAUCAUCCUUUUCAUCCUGCAGCACAGCCUUAUGGCUUCUGACCGGGUCAAACACUGGACCUGCAGCUGCUUUGGGGUCUUGCAAAGAUCAAUCUAUGUUUUUUGCACAGACAUAACCCUUCAGUUGCUGAUGAGGUAUUGGCAGCCAGUACAGGAUGGUCCCAUGCUCUGGAAUAUGAAUACGGAGCCAUGGAUCACUUGGGUUCCACUCAUCUGCUUUAUCCUCCAUUUCAUCUCCUGGCUAAUCAUCUUUAGCAUCAUUCUCAUCUUUGAUUAUGCAGAACUGAUGGGAGUCAAACAGGUUUAUUACUACUGCUUGGGCAUGGGGGACCCUUUGGCUGUGAAGUCCUCGCGGGCCGUCCGCCUCUACGCCCACCUUCGCCAUCCGUUGUAUGUGGAGUUUCUCCUCAUCCUCUGGGCUGUCCCCUGCCUCUCCCUUGACCGCCUGCUUCUGGCCUCCCUCUUCACUGCCUACCUUACCUGUGCACACAGCCUCGAUCACCAAGACUAUCUCUACCUGCGUGCCCAGCUGGACAAGAAACUCCAGAUCUUCUCCCAGGAAGAGGCAGCUUAUGAGGGCUUGUUGGCUCAAAACGGCCCCUCAGACUACAAGGACAACUGAGCAAGGGUGUGGAUAGGUACCAAUUUUGGUUGCGGGGGGGUGUUUGGCUUUUGGGGGGUCUGUCUGCCAGGUCCCUGCUUGCAAAGCACUGAAUGAUGCACUGUGUCUUGUCUCGGUUGUGCCUUUAUGCAUACAGGACUUGGUGGGCUACCAGAAAAAUGAUGAGUUCUGGCAUCCAGUGGGCCCAGUCUCUUGUAACUCCUUAAAAGAAUCUUUCCUAAGCUGGUGUUCUCCAGAUGUUACGGACUGCAACUCCAUUGUCCUUAACAGCAGUAGUGGAUGGGGAUGGUGGGAGUUUUAAUGCAACACAUUUGGAGAACAUCAAAUAGGAAAAGUCUGGACUGAAACACACUGCUGGACUACUUGUGUGGCUAGAUCAUGGCAUGGAGGUGCUGUUUAGCAUCUCAUGGGAGGAGGCCUGGGUUGACCCCAGCCUAGAGUAUUAAGGAGAUCCAUUUGGAUCAUAAAGUUUUCUCACUCUAACGAAAAUCCUUAGUAAUGGUUGAAGGCUAACUAUAGUUGGCUUUCUUUCCUGGCAGGCUCUGCAUUUGUUGGUUGCGUGGCAGGCAAGCAAUUGGUUAAACAAUGUGUCCAGCCCUGGAAAAGUGGUAUUUGUUGGGAUUUGGCUGUUUUUAAGAGCAUAGCAGCCCUUUUUGGGUAAAAAAAUGGGGGAAAGUAACUGCUCUUUAGCUCUUUAAUGCUCUGCUUUGACCAAGAGAAUGUGCAAGAAGUUCCUCCUUUAAAAAUUAACAGCAUGUUUUUAUUGAUUUCAGAUUAGCUUUUGCUGAGCUCUUGCCACAACGAUUUUUAAUCAUAGUAUUUUAACCUCUGCCAACAUGCAGUAAUUAUUUUUAAAAUACUAACAGCCAAGUGCACUUAUUUGGGAGAGCAUGUUAUGAGGGGAUUAUAGAUGCAUUUCUCCAAUGUAAUAGCAAGGAAGCACAUGUAUGCGUAGAUGUGUGUGCGUGAUUAUUUAAGCUGCUUAAUUACUGUUGCAAAGGUGUCUUGUUUCUGAGAUGAAAGUUUACUUGGGUCAUAGAAGAAAAACAGCAUUCAAAAAGAUUCCAGUCCCAGGGCUAAUACUAAUAUCUUAAUAUUAGAUAUUCAGAGUGAUUUCCAAAUCUCUCACCAGAAGAUUUUUUAAAAAAAGAUUAUCUUGAUUAAUGGAAACUUUUCCAGCGUUGGAGUUCUCAGAUACAGCUGUCCUUUGCACCAAAUACUCCUUUAAAAAGCCCUCUUCAAUGCGGCACCUUUCAGACCCAUUAAAUUAUAGCUCCCCUCCUCGCCCGUCAUUAUGUCACAUGGGUGAUGUGAGACUCACAUCUGGGGUGCAUCCAGCAGCAACCACAAGGAGGGUCAAAAAAGUCAACAUAGUGGGCAUGAUUGAAGGCCCACCCCUUUUGUAGGUGUAUAAAGGAGCAGGACUUACUUUGAUAGAGGUAUCAUGAUGCCCAUCUUGAGUUUUUGAACCCUCCCCAUAGGAUGCCACUGGGGGCACCAGUUUGCAAAGGUUGUGGGCAAUGGAGAUCCUGCACUUGAGUGGCUUAGCAUAGGGUUCCU